GGUUGAGAAUGGCUGACCAAGAACGGUUAUUGAAAGAGGCAAUUAAUAGAUUUCAGUGAUCAGGAAAAAAGGUGAUUUCUUGGGCGGGAAAACUAGGACCGGAAAUACGGGCUCAGUGAGCCUUAGUGAGGAGGAAAUAAGUGUUUCCUGAAGCUGCAUAAAUGUUAACGAGCUUGGCAGACAUAGUCGAUAACUGUACUUCCAGAAGCCACUUGCAGCUUUGAGUGUAGGAGCUCGUUCUGCCUCUGUUUCUUGCUUUCUCCUGCUGUUUGGACUGAUCUGGAUUUUGGCCUGCCUCUCUCAGGGAAUCAACCCAGACCACUGAGAGUGCAACAUGCAGAAAUUUAUUUUCUUUUUUGCCGUAGGAGCCUGGGCUGUUACUCAAGGAAUUGCGGAAGAAGAGUAUGUGGAAAUUUGGCCUCUAAAUCCUGUGGUGGAAUUUGGAGGCUCUCUUGACUUGAAUUGCACCAGCACUUGUGAAAAUAUUGGCAUUGAGUCUCCCUAUACAAAGGCUCCCAUUGAAAAUGGAUCCAAUUGGAAAAGCUUUCGUCUCACCAAUGUGAACUAUUGGGCAGCCAGCCCUUUGUGCUAUGCUGACUGUAAGACUGGACAGAAGAAAUCUCCAAAGACAAACAUCAUUAUUUAUAAACCUCCAGACCAUAUCAAAUUGGAUACAGUUCCAAAGAUGGAGGUGGGCAAGAUGUAUAACUUGACAUGCUGGGUUUCUGGUGUAGCUCCCAUCAGGAACCUCACUGUGACCUUGUUGAAAGGGGAAGAGCAACUUCUGGUAAAGACAUUUGAGGAUCAUUCUGACCCUAAAGCUGAUGAUGUUGUGGUGAACCAUAACAUAACAGCUCAGCAAAAUGACCACCACAAGACAGUCACCUGCCAAACAUCUCUAGAUCUGAAUCCAAGUGGACCACUCGUGAAAAACACCUCCCGCAACAUAACAUUAGAAAGUUUUGAUUUUGCAGAUGUUCCCCUGCUCCAUGCUGGCCUGUUCUUAGAAGCUGGGACCAUGAUGAAAGUGACAUGUGAUACACCUAAGAUUUCCCCAGCCGAUGAGGCCAUAUUUGAUCUGUGGUUUGCAGGGAAGUCCCUGACCUUCAACACCACUGUGAUGGGGGGCUUGGCAAGUGCCCAGGCUGUGAUAGUCUCUUCCUCAGUUGGAGAACAAGAGUUGAUCUGCAAGGUCUCUCUGGGACCAGUGACCAAAAACGUGACAAAGAUGGUGAAUGUGUUUGCUUUACCAAAACUCAUCUUGCAGAUUGGCCGUUCAGUAGCUGUUGUCAAUCAAACAGUGAAUAUUACAUGUAGCGCUGAUGGCAGUGCUUCCCCUGGUUUUAAAAUGCAGAUCAUGGAUGCUGCCAAAAUCUUAGCAUCCGGCAACAUUGAAGAACAUUUCCUGCAGCAUGCAGUGAUCGCUCAGCAAGAGGAUAACGGGAGGGAAUUCAUCUGCCAAGUCAUCCUGAUCAUUGAAGGGCACACCAAGGAAAGAAACAUAUCUCAAAAUCUAACCGUCUUCUAUGGUCCCCAAAUAAAUGAUUCCAACUGUCCUCAUGCAUUGACCUGGAAGGAGGGAAGUACGACAUCAUUUGCCUGUUCAGCCCUGGGAAACCCCACACCAACUGUUCAGUGCUGGAAAGAUGGGAGACCUUAUAACAUUGGGGAACCACAGCUGGUCCAGAGAGAGCAUGGUGGCAUUUAUCACUGCAAUGCUACCAACCAGUAUGGCUUUGAUGUUAGGGAUGUAACCAUACGCGUUGAAUCUUACCAGCCCAAUAUCUUUGCAAUCAUCAUGGGAAUCCUUGCAUUUGCUGUGUUUUUUAUUUUCUUGGGAGGAAUAGUUUUUUACAACAAUAGGAGGAAUUUUAGGAUAUACCAUCUCUGGAAACGACAGCAGCCACCAGCAGCAAGAACCUCAGAGUUGCUACCUUGCCUUGAAUUGAACAACCGAUGUCUAAAUGAACGCUAGUUGCUACAAACUGUAGAGAAACGUAACCAUACAGCAGGGGUAUAGCUGCAGCAGAGAUCAUCACUUGAUUUAACACUGAGGAAAAAGCCACAGAAAAGUAUUCCUCAGUUCCCAAUGCCUGCUGGAGACCAUUUUCUUUGGACUUUGUCUUUGGGACUUUCAGAUAGUGACUGGUGUCAUGCAUUACAAGGGCAUUGCAUUCCUCUGUUUUCUUAAGAUCUCCCGACCAAGAUGGUCUCCCAGCCUCACUAUUCUGGUCUAUGGCCUAAAUUCAGUCGUUCAGUGGAAAACAGCACCAAGAAACAAGGAGGAAAACAUCACUAGCAGCCUAAGGAGUUCCCAUUGCAAUGGAUAGUUCUUUUUGUCUUCCAGUGUAAAACAUCUGCUUGAUUCCAUGUCAUAUUGUUGUUUUGGCAGCAACAUGCUAUAUAUUAUAGAAAUAAUGUCCAUUUCUGGACAUUUACACUUGCAAGCUUCUCAUAACAUAGAUGACUAAAAAUGGGGCUUAUCAAAUGACAAGUCCUGUAUCAAAUGUCAGGAAGCCAGAAUUAUUUUUUGUCUAUUUCUUUGUUUUUCAGUUCUGGUACAUGGACUUUUGAUGAUCUUGUUGAAAGUCCUCACAUACCAUUAAUGUGAGUCAGCUUAUAGUAAACAGUAUCAGGCUGAACACAAGAAGAUUAUUUGGGUUUUGGAAAGGACUACAGUGAAAAGCCAAUGACCUGCAACUUCUUCAUAACUCAGCUAAUCUUUUUUUUUUAACAGUUGUAUUUUAUUAUGGGGAGAAUAAAACAAAUGCCUAAAUUAGUUAGUUAGUUAGUUAGUUAGUUAGUUAUUGGCUGGCCAUGUUACAUCAAGGUAAUUCUGGACAGCUCACAAUCAUAAAAAUUAUAUGUAGAUGUAGAUGUGUAUACACAACAUAUACAUAUGCAUACAUAUAUACACAUACACAUAGACAUGUACAUAUGAAUAUACUUAUACACCUAUUCCUUGCCCCAGAUCCUGCCCACCUAACAGUUCAAAAGCAUGCAAGUGCAAGUAGAGGAAUAGUUACCACUUCAGUGGGAAGGUAACAGUGUUCUGUGCACCUUUGGCAUGGAGCCAUGCUGGUCACAUGACCAUGGAAAAUGUCUUCGGACAACCUGGCUCCCUCAGCCAAGAAACUGAGAUGAGCACCAUCCCUAGAGUUGGACACGAGUAACAGGGAAACCUUUACCUUUUAUAUAUUAAAAACACAAUUAGUACCUGCAAUCAGUAUGAUCCAUUUACAGAUGGAGAGGGCAGGGGCAGGAUGGGUGGAGGUGGGAUUCAUUGUUAAUCGAUCAACCACCUCCACUGUGAUGUUCCCCCAUUGGGGUUUCAAGCUAACUGGCAGAGGUCUUUAGGCCCUUAUGAAAGGUCAGGAGGGUUGGGGGUUGACCUCACAUUGGGGGGAAAGACAUUCCAGAGGACAGGUGCAAUGGCAAAGAAGGCCCUUCUCCUGGACCUCACCAACCAGAAUAAUAAGGCUGAUGAGGUCUGUAACAUGCCAGCACAGGUGGAACAGGCCAAUCCCAGCAGGAUGCAAUCAUCCAUCAAUCAGUCUAGAUCUAUGCCAUGAAGGACUUUAAAGAUGAUUAACAACACCUUGAAUUGCACCCAGAAGCAGUCUGGCAGCCAAUGCAGCUCACGGAGCAGAGAUGUUACAAGGGCCAUUCUUCAGGCCCCAAAAACUGCCUGUGCUGUUGCACUCUGCACCAGCUGUAGCUUCCAAAUGCUCUUCAAGAGUAACCCCAUGUAGACCCCAUUGCAGUAGUCCAUAUAAGAGAUGACUAGAGCCUGAAUGACUGAGCGCAAGGACUCCUGAUCCAGGAAAGGCCGCAACUGAUGCAAUAGUUACAUAAAUUUCAAUGCUAUUCAAUUCCCUUUCUUCUCUAGAAUAAGUGCAGAACCCUGAUCUAGCUUCAUUCAUUUGCAUGACAGUAAGUAAAGAAACACACUUUGGGUGUAGCAUACUUUAAUGCCCGGAUGAUUCAAUAUAUUUAAUUUUACUCAGAAGCUUGUCUCUUCUUUGAAAUAAACAUAAAACAGAGUAAAACGUACUUUCUUCCUCAUUACUAUUCUAUUUGAAAAUCUGCCAGCGCCAUCUACUAUUGAAUAGCAGGGCAAUACCUGAAUUUAAAAUGAUGGAGAAAAUUAAAAACAGUUUAAUAGCUACUUGAUUGGAUUUGGAUAAGGCUAUCCUACAGCAGCAGGAGUGCAAAAAUUCAGAAAGAAAAGAAAAGAAAAAAGAGUGUAAACCUAGCCCCAAAUAGGAGGCAGGAAGGGGAUGAUGUGGGGAUCUAAUACGAAUCUAGAGGUAAUCCAUCUUUUGGAUCUGGAAAAGUAUGGCAAGUUCUGUAUUCUUUCAUAAGAUAGUAUUAAAAACUCACAACUGACUAUGUUUAAAGUAAAAACACCCAACUGUGAGCUAAAUGAAAAAAUAUCAAACUCGUAGGCAAGGUCGGGAAUAUUAAAAUUGAUAGUAGCUGUAAAAGCCUACACCACCAUACUGUAUUUUUAUCUCUUUUAAUUUAAUUUCUGUUACAUUAAUAGAAAUUAAUGCUGAAGAUUUUUAAAUAACAAUCCCUUCUUUUAAGUGAACAUAACAUUGCUGUUUGGGGAUAAUGCAGUAAAAUUGUAGUAAUUUUUUUUUCUGUGUGUAAUGAUACACCAAAUCUCAAAGAAUCUAAUUCUGUGUAAUAAAUGCACCUUGCCUAU